GCUUGGCUUCUAGCUCAUGACGCGUCAAGUUCAGUCCGGGGUGCUGUACAACUCAAGGGAAGGGUAAAGGCUACCCUUCACUACGCGAACUUUCAGUCUUCGGGAACUGAUACUUAAGGUGCAUGUGGAAUGGAAUCCAACCCCUGCCCCUGUGGAGGUGUGAGAUCGUGUCACCAAAUGUGGAUCGGUGCAGCAGAACCGUCCUGUCCAGAUUGGCGACUUACUGUAAGAGGCCAUGCCGGCCAUCGGGAACUGGCCUUGGCAUGAACGGUGUUGGAUGGGAGAGCCAUAUGCGCAUGCGUGUUCUGCAGGGCCCGCCCCGAUUUCGACUAGUUCGCAUACAGCUCGGGGGCUCUUGGAUUAUACAAGCUGUGUCAAGGUUGGCGUUCCAAGAAGAUUUGAGCGUGCGAUGUACUCAUGUAUGUAUGUACCUGGGCAAUGUUUGUGGGCUUGCCUACUACCUACUGCUCAGGCAUGCGCCAACACAGAUGAGAAAUGCCACGGGACUUUUUCCUAUCAGCCUCAGUUCUUUCAAGAGAGCUCCUGCAUCAGAUCAGACUCAAAGUACUAGGUGGUAUCCCAGAGCCACCACCCAUCUACAACCUUUAGAUACUACCUCAAAAACUACACGCCCUCAGAUUGAGUGCUGGUGUGAGCGGGGUGGUUUUUGUUUUAGAUGCCUCUUCGAACACGCCAUGGGCGAUCUUCGUGCCUGUGCCAUUCUUUCCGCUCAUGCAUCUUGUAGCGUGAUGACCGCGUGAUCCACAUAUCCUCAGUGUCGCCACUGCCACUUAUUUUCCCCCUUCUGGCUCUGUGGUCCCUAUGCCUAUCGAGUUCCAGGUAUAACUUGGUCUACUAGGGCUCGUUAGAACUGCUGACGCAACGAGAAUCUCACUGAACUUACGAACUCAUAGAUAAUCUUUCUGAUCAAGGAA